GCAUUUAGAAAAAUAAUUGUUAAAAAAAGGAAAUUUGUGAAAAACAUUUUUGAACUUUUCUCAUUGAAAAUGUCGGUGCCAUUUGCUGGAACUUUUACACGAUCAGGCGGAGUAUUAUCCGCAAUUGCUAAACAAAUUAAGUUGCUGAAUUUUAAAGCAGUUAAACGAGUUACAGUUAAAUUUGAUCCAUUUCAUGAAAAUGCCAAUAAUACUCGGGAUUUCCUGCAUGCUAUUUCUACAUCAAAAGUCUCUCAGACUAAUCCAAGCUGUAUAGUUAAAACAGAUAUCGUUUGCAAUAGAGAUAAGCCUUUAGUGACAUUUCAAUUUAUUCCAUCGGUUCAAGAAGCAUCAAAGAUUAAAACCAUUAAGGUAGAAGCUGAUAAUUUGAGUCUGUUGGAACUUUUAAAAGUCACAAACGAGCAAAUUACAGCAAGAGCACCAAAAGAAGAACCUGUCAGUACGCUCAAGACAAAGUCAGAGAAAAAGGGAGCAGUUGGAAAGCGCCGAUAGAAAGGAAUAUAACAUUUAGAUUAGGCAUAAAAAUAAUUAUUAGAAGAGAUAAUGUCAAAGAUUAAGGGAGGGGGUCAUAUAGAUUUUAUUGAUCACAUUUAUUCAACAAUGCCCAGCUUUACAGACGUAUUUACGGAGGAGACGUUUUAUAUUUUCGUCAUCUGUUUUGUACUUAGUACAUUGGUUAUUGCCUUCCUUUUGUCACGAUUCAUUAAAUUAAAACCGGUUGAAUAAAAGUGAUAAGAUUUUUUCCAAGAAUUAA